GCGACGUGUCGUCGCAGUUACACAAUAAGGAAGAGCAGCCGAAUGGAGGCGCCGUCGGACGGCGGCGACUUGGCACUCCUGGCAGACAUGGCCAAGAUGGAGUUGAGGGACUGGUCAAAGCAAACCCGCGCGGGUGCAUCGGAUCAGUUGAAGGCGUUGCGGCAAGGGAUGGGGGCUGCCAGUAGGGCACGCGCGAAGGCUCGCGCGGACCGGGAGCGCCGGACGAAGAAGCGCGAAGGAAUGUACAACCCGCACGUGAUCCAGGCCAAAGCCGCCGCCCAAUUGCAAAAGGAAGAGCUCACAAAGCUCAUGAAGGACGUGAACGCGCUGUUGCGGAAAGAGCGCAAGAAUCUUCCCCAAUGGAUUCGAAAAUACAAAGACGAAGACCCACGAUGUGUGUACUACCACAGCAUGCUGCGUCGAGUUGGACUACCGGAGCGUCACGCUCGUUUUGCGCCGUGGUUCCUCAAGUCGAACCAGCUCGUGCUCAACAAAUACGGGCAAAAGCUGUUUGAUCGAUUUGAAGCGGCAUAUCUAGCGCAAGUCGUGCGUCUCAGCGACACCGAGGCGGCUAUUCAGAAUCUUGAGGCGUUUGCAAAGCGCGUCGAGUCCCUCCAACUGGGCCCUCGAGAACAGAACCAGUCAUUGCUCCAGCGAGCGUUCCGCACUGCUUCCUUUCCACCCCCGAGGCUCCGCUUCACGGACCGAUCGAGUUCGAUCCACCCGUUGAUUCGCAACGACGGCAGCAUCGACGAUGAUACACCGUUGGCAGACAUCGCAGACAAACACGACUUGGACGACCCAACCGCAAAAGCUAUUCCAAUUGCCCCCGUCAAAGUCGCAGCAGCGCCGCCUGGGUUGGCCCCCGCCGUGCCUGGCAAAGUCGAGAGCCACGGAAAGCACUUGUACCAUGCAUACAACGGACGGUGGAAGGAUGGCCACAUGCGAGGACCAGUGGGGGUCUACGAGUUCGCGGAUGGCGGCAAAUACACUGGCGCGUGGAAGGACAGCGUGCAGUGCGGCAUGGGCACCGCUGUGCGUACUGGAGUGAAUCUUGGACCCUUUCGAUUCACGCAUUGUAGGAGUACCCGAACGGAACGAAAUACGUCGGGCAAUGGAAAGAUGGCAAGUACCAUGGCCAAGGCACGUGGUCGACUACAAGUGGGGUUGAAUUCGUUGGAGAGUGGAAAAACGGGAUGCGUGAAGGCAAGGGUCGGCUCCAGCUGCCGUCGGGGGCGGUCUACGACGGCGAGUUUUACAAAAACCAGCGGCAUGGCCUUGGCGUUGAAUCGAGCCCGUUGGGUUACAAGUACAAGGGAACCUUUCGCAUGAAUCGAAUAUAUGGCCAAGGGCAAAUCGAAAUCGAAAUGGACAACGGCAAGGUGCACGUGUACGCCAAGGACCAGUGGCAGCCGUGCCUGUUGGGAGAGGCUGCCAUGGAGGCCAAGAUGCACUGGCUUGGGAUCGACGACAACGAAGAAGUGUUUAUGCGGCGGCUCAUGCGCGUGCGGGACGAUUUCCGCGCCGACGAUCUGCAAGAAAAAUUCCAUGUCAAGGAGGCGCAACGUAUCGUGGAUGCAGAGCGUGCGAGAAAGCAAGCGCUACGGGAAGCCAACAAAGACAAACGAGAGGCCCUGGCGAGGGCCAAAGAAGCCUUCAAGAAUCGAAUUUUGCAAGACAACGACAGCGACGACGUUGACGAGAGCAUGCCGAAACCACGUUUUCUCCGUGGGGACGACGACGGUGAUGACGACGACGAGAGCGAUGACGAGAGCGACGAUGAUAGCCAACAUGACGACGUUCCCGCACAGUCAAAUCAAUAGCUGUACACUCUCCGCCUUCUUUAGAAACGCCGUCGAGCCCAUCAGUGUCCCUGAGGCGAUCGAUACCUCGAUGAUACCCGGAAUGAAACGAGUAUUCCAUCCUGCCUG